AUGAAGAUCUCCUCUCUCCAGGCCCUCGCCGGCCCGACCGCCAUCAUCCUCUCCGCCGCCGGCUGCGACGCCUCCUCGGGCCAUCAAAGACUACACCAGCUCGAGCGCAGGCUCGACGCUCAGCAUGCCCACGGACACGCUCGCGCUCACGUCCGCUCCGAGGGUGGCCUCGUCGUCGAGAAGCGUGGCGGCGGAACCUGCGCCUUCCCGACCAAUGACCGCAAUCUCCACGCCGUGACGACGGACGCCAUGAAUGCUGGAUGGGCUAUGAGCCCCGACCAGCCGUGCAAGCCGGGCAGCUACUGCCCCUACGCAUGCCAAUCGGGCAUGGUCAUGGCCCAGUGGCAACCCGGCUCCGUCUACCAGCCCGGGUCGUCCAUGAAUGGCGGACUCUUCUGCGACGAAAGCGGCGUCAUACACAAGCCCUUCGACGACAAGGAAAACUGCGUCCAAGGAACCGGCGCCGUCGUGGCCGUCAACGAUGCCAACCGCGUGCUGUCCUGGUGCCAAACUGUCCUGCCAGGCAACGAGGCCAUGCUCAUCCCGACCGAAAUCAAGGCCAAGAGCACCAAGGUCGUUGCCGUGCCCGACCACACCUACUGGCAAGGCACCGCCGCGCACUACUACAUCAACCCACCCGGUGUCGGCACCGAGGGAUGCAUCUGGGGCGACGAGAGCAAGCCAGUUGGAAACUGGAGCCCGUAUGUCGCCGGUGCCAACACGGUUGCGAACGGCCAAACCUUUGUCAAGAUUGGCUGGAACCCCAUCUGGAUGAACACUCUCGCGCUUAAGAGCCAGGGCGCCGGCUUCAGCCUCAAGAUCGAGUGCCCGGACGGUGGCUGCAGCGGCUUGCCCUGCGAGAUCGACGGCUCCAAUACCGGAGUCGUCAAGGCCAACACGGCUCCUGUCGGCGCCGGAGGUUCUGCCUUCUGCGUCGUCACCGUCGACAAGGGCAAGACGGCCAACAUUGUUGCCUAUGACGGCUCCGGCGGCAGCGUCAACUAUGGCCAAGUCGGCGAUGACAGCGCCAGCUCGAAGCCCGUCGACUCCAGCCCCGCGCCUGUGCCGACGACUUCGAUGCAGCCGACGACGACGUCGACGACGUCGACACCUACCUCGACCCCGACCCCGACCCCGACCACGACGUCUAGCUCCAGUUCCACCACGACCUAUGUGGCGCCGACAACGCACACCACGGCCCUGAUGAACUCGACGACCAUCCUGCUCUCGACAGGCUCGCCCAAGAAGAAUACGACCCGUCCGUCGGUCAUGCCUGGCAUCUUCCACGAGGACAGCAGCAACAGCACGCACGACCACAUGCCCAGCGCCUCUGGCCCCUCCUCGUUGGCUCCCACGGCGACCGGCUCGUCCAACUACGCCAUCGUCUCAAACAUGCAAGGAGGCGCUGGCCGGCAACACGGCAGCGUCACCCUCGCCGGGCUGCUUGCCCUCUUCGUCGCGACGGCCGUUCUGCUGUGA